AUGGAUAGCGAUGGGAAAUACGUUCGUAUAAGGAAAGAUUUUGUAGCUUAUUCGAGUGAUGAAGAACUUGAACAAGAAGCUAGCCAUAACAGUAUUGCAGAAAGCAACAGUGAAAAUUGUGACUCGCGCAGCGACUGUUCUGAAACAUACAGCGAUCAUAGUCAAUGCCCCGUUAUCGAUAGCGAUUGUGCUGGUCAGCAAGACAGUGAAGACAGCAGACUUUCUAGAGACGAAAUCAACGACCCAGUGAUUGCUCGUACUACUGACGGAGAAUCGGAUCCACAAACCAACACGAACACUAACACCCAAAAAGGUGAUAGCGACCGCAUGCAACAAAUAGAAAAAAUAUUGGCUGAACUUACUAAAGCAUUCAAACAUUGUGAGUCUAACAUGCCGACUAAUCGUCAAACUGAGCAUAGUUGGGAUUUCAGCGGUGAAACAUCUAAGCCUCAAAACUCAUACCCAAACGUUCGUUUGGAACAUAUCAAUCGCUUCCCAAGCGGAAUUCGUCCCAAUCAAAUGUUGGCUGAAUGGUUCGAGUUCAUUGAAAACUUUGAGGUAGCGAUGUCAUUGUACAAUGCAAACGAUCCUGUAUAUAGAUCAAAGUUACUAUAUCUCUCCCUCGGUCAAGAGCUACAAGCAAUUGUAAAGGCUGCUAACCUGCGGCCCGCUUUAAUAGACACAAAUUGCUACAGAACAUUUGUAGAAAAUAUAGAGAACCACUUACGCUCAAUGACAGACACGGCUGCUGAACACCGGGCAUUUCUCAGUAUGAAACAGGAGAAAGGCGAGUCUACGGUUGCGUUUCAUGCUCGGUUAGUUAGAAAUGUGAAACUUUGUGGUUAUAGUGUUUGUGACCAAAAUCGGUUUGUUCGGGCACAAUUGCUUGAUGGUCUGAAAAACAAAGAGUUGGUAAAAGCGGCACGCACAUAUGGACACGACACCAACUUCAUAGUGCAGUCAUCCACUCGAUAUGAGGCUUACGAAUCGGAAAUAACUCAGCAACCAAUAGACCCGAAUGUUUUCGAAAUUGGUCGAAACCAUGGAUAUAACAAACGAAGCAACCAGUGGAUUGACAACAGCCAAUGCAAGUAUCGCCGAAUGAAUCAAAACUAUACGCAAGAUCAUCGAUCUAGUUACAUCGAUCGUGGAAACAGUUACUUCAAGCAACCUAGUGGCCUGCAUCUCAACACUCAAACACGUGGUCGACGAUCACGGUGCCCAAGAAAAUGUAAUGCCUGCGGCCAACAAGGACAUUUUUCGGUAACAUGUCGAUCAAAACGCCUUCGACCGGUUGAGCAGAGGGAGCUAUGUGGUGAACCUUCUGGCGAUGAAAUUAGCGUCGACUCAAAGCAGAAUAUAAACGCUAUGAGUUUGGACGAGGCAUUAAUCGAUUGUAGUGUCGCAUCCUGUAAACCCAUUCGCUUUCUCAUCGAUUCGGGGGCUGAUGUAAAUGUCAUCGGUGGCAAAGAUUGGUUGAAUCUAAAACGUGAGCUCAAGGCAGAUUCAACAGAACUCGAAAUUAUUCAACAAUCUCAAAAACAUCUACAUGCUUACGCUUCUACUCAACCAAUGCCAAUCGAAUGCAUAUUCAAAGCGAAUGUUGAGGUAUUAGGUGCCGAAAAACCUUCAGUUAUCGCAUUGUUUUACGUUGUCCCGAACGGCAUAAGAUCACUUUUAGGUAGAUCCACUGCUAGUGACUUGAAAUUGUUACAGGUGGGAAUGAGUGUGAACAGCGUUAAAACACUUGACCACAUUUUCCCGAAAAUGCCGGGUGUAUCAGUUAAAUUCAAUGUAAACCAAUCGAUCACUCCAACCAAGAAUGCAUACUAUAAUGUUCCGGCAGCGUUCCGGGAGGCAGCACGACAAAGGUUACGUGACAUGGAAAAACAAGGAAUAAUCGAAAAGGUUACGGCUGCACCUAGCUGGAUUAGUGGUAUGUCAGCCGUAGCUAAAGGUAAAUCAGAUUUUAGGCUUGUCGUAAACAUGCGUGCUCCAAACAAAGCUAUAAACAGAGAGUACUUUCGAUUACCAUUAAUAGAAGAAAUGCGUAUAAAGCUGCAUGGGUCUAAAUUCUUUUCCAAGCUAGACCUUAGCAAUGCGUUAUACCAUUUAGAACUUGACGAAGAAUCGCGCGAAUUGACAACGUUCCUCGCUGAAAACGGCAUGUAUCGUUUCACUCGGCUAAUGUUCGGAGUUAAUUGCGCUCCAGAAAUCUUUCAACGGGAAAUGACUCGCUUGUUCAUAGGCAUGGAAAACGUGAUUGUGUACAUAGACGAUAUCCUCGUUUUCACUAAAUCCUUAGAAGAAUUAAGGAUAACUGUUAGAAAAGUGCUGGAAAUUUUGCGAAUCAAUAAUUUAACACUCAACAACAAUAAAUGCGAGUUCGAUAAAGAGCGUAUAAAGUUCCUUGGACACCAACUAGAUGGUGAAGGUUUUCAUAUUGAUGAAGAGAAAAUCAAAAGUGUACGCAAUUUUCGAGAGCCCUCAACUAUUUCAGAACUUCGUAGUUUUCUCGGUUUGGCGUCUUUUAUUAGUCCAUAUAUUAAAAACUUUGCAGACUUGUCUCAACCACUCUGGGAAGCUACAGUAAAAAAGACAUGGAAUUGGGGAAAUGAACAAAAAAGCGCAUUUCAGAAGAUCAAAAAUCGCAUAAUUUAUAGCACGAUCGCUCUCGGAUUCUUUUCGGAUACUGAUAAAACAAUCCUAUAUACCGAUGCUUCCCCGAAUGCACUGGGAGCUGUUUUAGUUCAGGAAGAUAGCGAUUGUAAACCGAGAAUCAUCAGUUUUGCUUCAAAAGCACUAACAGCAACUGAGCGAAAAUAUGCUCAGAAUCAGCGGGAAGCGCUAAGUGCAGUAUGGGGAGUGGAACACUUUUCAUACUUCCUUCUGGGAAGACAGUUUACUCUACGUACAGAUGCUCAAGGAGUAACUUUUAUUUUCAACAGAUCAAGAGAAGAAUCAAAGCGGGCUCUGACUCGUGCGGACGGCUGGGCACUCAGAUUAAGUCCAUACAGUUACGAAAUUGAAUAUGUGCGCGGCAGAGACAACAUAGCCGACCCAUCUUCUAGGCUAUAUGAUGGGGAAGACGAACCGUUCAAUGAUGACAUCAGUCCAUGGGAAAUAGCGGCGCUCGAAGCCAACGCUGUAAACAUUCUGACUGAACAAGAGAUCGCGAGCGCUACGCUAAAGGAUGAAACACUACAACGCGUAAUAAUCGCUCUAGAAACAGGGCAAUGGUCUGAUGUAGAUGAAAGGUACAAAAAGGUGAGGGAAGACCUAUCUAUCCGGGAUGGUAUUAUAAUGAAAACGGGAUGUGCAGUCAUUCCAACUACGCUGCAGAACAAAGCUCUCGAAAUAUCGCAUGAAGGGCAUCCGUCGAUUGCGAAAAUGAAGAGUAUAAUCAGACAACGCGUUUGGUGGCCAGGUGUAGCGAAAAUGGUUCAAAAAUGGGUAGAAUCAUGUGAAACGUGUGCUAUAAACGGAAAACCAGAGAGACCCACCCCGAUGCAACGGAUGUUCGCUCCAAAAGUUGUGUGGGAGACAAUCGCGAUCGAUUUUAACGGUCCUUAUGUGAUAUUUGGAGGUAUCUCAAUUCUUGUCGCAAUAGAUUACAGAUCACGAUAUCUGAUUGCUCGCCCCGUAAAGUCCACGAGUUUCGAAUCAACCAGAAAGGUCUUAGAAGAGAUUUUUGAUAAGGAGGGAUAUCCAAAGAAUAUUAAACCCGACAACGGGCCUCCGUUCAAUGGUACAGAUUAUAGGGAAUAUUGUGCAGAGCGAGGUAUAACAGCACUGUUUUCCACGCCCUUGUUUCCUCAACAGAAUGGACUUGUGGAAAGCGCAAUGAAAAUAGUCAACAAAGCAAUGAAUGCUGCCGUAUGCGACAAAACGAGCUACAUUGAUGAAUUACGACAAGCAAUACACGCAUAUAAUGCUGGGGCCCACAGCAUUACCAAAUUACCACCCGAGGAAAUUAUGUCAGGAAGGAAAAUCAAACGUGGAUUGCCGUUGAUUAACUACCAACGAGUUCCAAUUGACGAUAAAGCCUUGGACAGCAUGGAUCGUCAGGCAAAGUUGAUUGGAAAACAUAGGGAAGACUAUCGAAGAGGAGCACGAAAAUGCCGUGUGAAAGAAAUCCCGCAAGAAAUUUUCAGUCAAUUCGACGCGGAGAUCGUAUAA